AAGAAGUCUGUGACGUCUGCUGACGUAGACAACGUCAAUAUGUCUGAACAAGCAGCUUAGCCACACAGACACAAGCUUACUUUUGUUUUUGAUUUCAUUUUCCUUAUUUUACGUUCGGCGAUUUGGAUAUUGUAUUAGAUGGAGACCAAGCGUUUACUAUGAAACUCCGGCUGCAGAAUGACAGGAGUGAUACCAGAAGAGCACUGAAAUUGAGGGAGUCUCCUACUGUAAUGCAGCCUAAUUCAAGCGAGCAAGGUGCUCAUGCAGGAAAUGGCUUAUCCCUAACUCUGCAGCCAGAGCUUCUCACCAGGACUCCAGCCCCUGGUGCUGCUGCUGCCCCUGCUGCCAGCCCUGAGAACGUUGAGGUACGGGUACCUAUGCCCAGUGGGCCUGGGGAGUCAAGUGGAGGCGCAUCAUCCAGGAGAUGCAGAAUCAGCUCUCAUGGCCACUCCCAUUCUCAGUCGCACGGACACCAUCGAACGCAGCAUCACCCAAACUCAGAUCCAGAGCUUGACUCACCUGACUCUGAUGUGGACUCUGGAGAACCCAGCACCUCAUUGUCAGAGCUACGAUGCCUCUUUCGCUGGAUCCAAAAGAGUCUUCCUUUCCUCAUCAUACUGUGUGCUAAACUGGUCAUCCAGCAUGCUCUAGGUCUAGCAGUUGGUGUUGGCCUCUUUACAACUUUUCUAUAUGUGAAUAAAAACAUUCAAACUCAAGUUUUUCUUCAGGAUCGUCAGUCCAGGCUGCACAGUGUUUGGCUGCUGCUGUUUCUGACCUCUUCCACCCUCCUGCUCUAUUACACUUUCCUCACUGAGACACUUUACUAUUGCCUCAUCUUCCUCAGCCCAACCAUCGAGUUGCUGAGUUUCUGGGAGGUUCUAUGGGCUGUCAGUAUCACCAACUUUGUAAUAAAGUUCCUCUUUAUGGGGAUUAAGUGCCUUAUUCUGCUGAUGCCACCCUCACUGGUGACCUACAGAGCUCAGGGCCGGUGGCUGAUGCUGACGGAGGAGAUAGGUCAGGUACACCAGGCCUUAGCGCCUGUUCCACUGUGGUUCCGCUACCUGGUCACCUACCAGGAGGCCGAUGGGACCCCUGGACUCACACUUGGGGUCCUGCUUGCUUUGCUCUACCUCAUUCUGAAGCUUUUAGGAUUGUAUGGACAGUGGACAUCUUUACUGAAAACUGUGAGGAUAUUUCUAAAGGGCGAGCACACAGGCUCAGCAGCCAGCAGGAGUCAGUGCAGCGAGGCUGGAGGUGUUUGCCCCAUCUGUCAGGGAGAGUACAAGGAGCCUCAGGCUCUGCUCUGUCAGCACAUAUUCUGUGAUGAAUGCAUCGCUCUGUGGUUUAACCGUGAGAAGAGCUGCCCUCUGUGCCGAACCGUGAUCACAGAGAAGGUCUACAAAUGGAGGGACGGAGCCACAUCUCCACACCUGCAGAUUUACUGAUGAAGCACAGAGAUUGGAGCUUUUCUUUGUGGGACACUGGUAUUAUCUUGUAUUUAAUAUAGUUUAUUUUUCCUCUGGCUGAAAAUAAGGUACACACUGUUUCAUUUCUCAGCAAAGGGCUGUGAUCCUGUCAGAUGGGUCUGUUGGGACACACGACUUACACCGACAGUAGGCAUGUCUCUGAAUUAUUUACCAGAACAUCCACUCUUGGCACCUGCAGGAAAGUUGAUUAUUGUCAUGUUUUUUUGAUGUUUCUAUUUCAAGUUUGUUUUCCUCUGGUGUUGUUUUUUUUCCACCUUAAAUCUCAAAAUGAAUUUUCGCUAUGGGGCAGCAAAAUGUCCCAUCCACCUGUAAAUAUAGGAGCACCAUAGAAGUAUAUUUAAAAAGUAUUUUAAAAAGAGUUUUCCUUUAUAGUACAUUUGAACAACCUGAUGAACAUGAACCCUUUCCUAUCCAGUGUUUCUAAAUUUGUGGAGGCGAUUUUUGUCAUUUAUAACUAAUGAAUGUGUGGAGGCUGCACACCUCAGGAGUGCUUUCUGAAACCUGCUUCAAAUGAAUCUUUGAGCCCGAGUGUGUUCAAACAAAUGUGAGACGUGAGGUCUGACGAGCGUACUGAAAAUGUUUAUGUGAAGCUCUGUACACGGUGACAUUACAUGGUCAGCCUGCGUUCAGGCACUGGGGAUGUAAACAGUUGUAUGUGGUGGAUGAACAGUUUGCUUUAUGCUUUCAGCUUUGAUGACUUAUUUUCACAACUGAUAAUGAGAAUGCAAAUGAGCUUGAUUUACACAUAAAUUAUUUUUCUAUCGAGGUGAUGUGACCUAAUUUUUGUAAAAAAAACCAAAGACCGGGAGAAAAAUCUAUUUUAUUAUGAGGUCAGUUCACUUUGUUGUUAUUUUUAUCCAUUUAAAUCCAUAAACUAUCUCAAUAAAAAUCUUAAUUUCA